UGAACUCAUUGUAUAAAAUUCGACAACAGAAGAAAAUGGAGAAGAUAAGAGAUCAGGUUAAUAAUACCUCAUUUGGCCCAAAAGGGUAUUUAACGAUAAAGCAGGAGAUAGCAAAACAGCACAAAAUUGAUAGCUCACGCUUGAGAAGAUACCAGUGGAUUGAGAAGGUGAGGACUAGUAAAAAUCUUCAAAAAUUGUUACAUGUAAAAAGUGCGAAAUAUAACAUCUCAAGAAAGGAAUCUCAUUCUCUAUCACAUCCAAAAGGGAAAAAGAAGUUAGGUCCUCUCAAGAAGGUUUCAACUGUGUCUUUUAAAAGUCCUAGCUCUGUUGAUCCUUUUCAAAGAUCUGUUGAUUUCCAAAAACGAGAAAAAUCAUGGAAGGAGCCUAAAUUAAAUACAAGAAAGUCUCUGGUGCUUUCAGGCACAAAAUUCUUUGCUGUAGCAAAGGAAAGUAUGGAGAUUGAAGACCAGGAUACUCCUGGUGGCUUACAAAAUUCAAUGAUUCCUAAGAAUGGAAAGGAAUUAAUGAGUCUUAAGAUGCCCUUAGGCGUUGAUAACUCUCCUAUAAGUCCUGGUAAAAUUUCUGUUCGUGAGAGUUUUUCAAUAGUAAAGCCUGGAUUACCAAAAAUGCCUGUGAUUUCUGAGCAGGCUUAUCAAGAAGCAGAAGAUUCCUGCUCGGAUAUAGCUUCUACUAAGAAAUAUAAGCGGGCUAAGAGUAUUUCGAAAGCCAAUAUUAAGAAAUUUCCAAACUUUUAAUAAAACAGUGAAGAGAAAGGAAGGGGCUACCAGCAGAUCGAUCAUGAUCGAAACAGACAACCUUCUAGAUAAUACAGGAACAGAUAGAACUGCGAACUAUGACUCUUUAAGAGAGUUUCAUAAUAGGACUAUAUCUCAGCAAGAUUUAAAGCCAGUAGAAAAAGGAUAUUCUGAGUCGGUUCUAAAGGCAUUUAAGCACUUACAAGAUCCACCAGUUAUGCCUAGCUACCUCAAAACGAAACUAAAACUGAGGCACAAUUUGAUGUCAAUGUUGAACAAGGAUUCCUUCGAUAGCUCCAUGAAAAAUCCUACGCAAGCGUCUCUACUGAGUGUCUCUGAGAUCCAGGACAAGAUUGAGCAUGCUCAGAAGCAAAAGCUUAUAGAAUAUGUGAGCAAGAAGAAACUGUACAUGAAAUCAAUGCUGCACUGUGAUUAGUCAAGUUAGUUCAACCUG